GCCUUCCUGGUGGACCGCGCCGCCGUCAAGCUGCUGCACGAGAUCGGCUGCGGCAGCUUCGGCCGCGUGCACUUCGCCGAGCUGCGGCGCGGCGGCGCCACGCUGCCCGUGGCGGCCAAGGAGCCGCGCGCGGGCGCCGCGCCGGCCGAGCAGGGCGACUUCCUGCGCGAGGCGUGCGUGCUGGCGCCGUUGGCGCACGCGCACGUGGUGCGCCUGGUGGGCGUGUGCGUGGGCGCCGGCCCGCCCAUGCGGCGGCGGCGCGCGGCGGCGGGCGCGUGCGCCGAGCUGGCGCCGCGCGCGCUCACGCGCCUGGCGCGCGAGGCGGCGGGCGCGCUGCAGUACCUGGCGGCGCGGCGCCUGCUGCACCGCGACGUGCGCGCCGCCAACUGCCUGGUGGACGAGCGGCGCGCGCUCAAGCUGGCCGACUUCGGCCUGGCGCGCGAGCUGGACGCGGCCGAGCCCGAGUACGCCAGCACGCGGCGCGGCCUGUUCCCCGUGCUGUGGAUGGCGCCCGAGAGCCUGGCGCUGGGCGUGUUCUCGCUCGCCAGCGACGUGUGGGCGCUGGGCGUGCUGCUGCUGGAGGUGGCCACGCUGGGCGAGCGGCCCUUCGGCAGCUGGGCGCCGGCGCGCGUGCUGCGCUACGUCACGGCGGGUGGCCACGCGCCCUUGCCGCCCGACCUGAGCGCGCACACGCGCGAGUUGCUGCUGGCGUGCUGGCAACGCGCGCCCGAGCGCCGGCCCAGCGCGGCCUGCGUGUGUAGCCUGCUGGCCGCCAACCCCGAGGCCGUGCGCGCGACGUUCCUGCCGCCGCCGCCGCCGCCGCCGCUGCCGCAUCCGCCGCCGCUGCCGCAUCCGCCGCUGCCGCCGCCUCCGCUGCCGCCGCCGCCGCCGCCGUCGAGUCCGUAG